AUGAGGAAUGCAAUUGUCUAUGAUGUAUCCGCACAAAAAUUAUCAAAGACAGAGCGUAAAUUCAUCGAAGCCGAUCAUACUCGUAUCAAGAUUCCCAAGCGCUCUCUAAGCCCUUUACGGAAGGACAAUGUUCGCAUUACCAUGCCAUUGAACUCAACAGCAGGGUCGGAUAUUCUUGCAGAAGUCAAGUUGAGCAGUCUUGGAUUGAAAGUCGCAUUUGAGCGAUAUCGCGGUAAUAUCGACGAGAUUUGGAUAAAGGGUAUUCCACAAUACGCGCUUUGA